AACUAUUGCUAGGAUGGACUUUGCCGUAAAAAGCUAGCAUCAGGUUUUUAAAGAUUUUUUUUAUUUCAGGGCUGUGUUUGUUAUGUUCAUAAAGCUAAGGACAUGGAUGUUUGUAUUGAUAUUGGGAGCCGUUUUAGUUUUCUAUUGCGCUGUAAUUCAUGGACAAGUUAACGAUAACUUUAUUCUACCUUCGUCAUUUUCAUYUGUUUAUAAUGACUCAACAAGGACGCAUGUUUCUUCAUGGGCAAUUAGGAUUCCUUCAAGUUUACUGUCAGAAAUGGACAGACACAAACUGGCCGACCGAAUCGCAAGUGAUGUUGGACUUGAAAAUCGUGGUCAGAUAGGUGGUCUAACCGGUCACUAUCUACUGUACCACAAAGCAUUUCUUAAUCACACUUUAGAUACUUCUCAUAAUGAAARACUGGAAAUAGAUAGAGUCCGAAAGGAUAUUUGUAAAUUACUGGAAAUCCAUCCCCAUGUGGAAUGGUAUCACCACGAGACUAUUUUACGGCGGAUGAAAAGGUCUUUACAGUUCCUCGAUCAAUACUUCCCUAACCAGUGGCAUUUGAAUAAUCUUCGUUAUAUCGGUCAUGAUAUUAAUGUGACUGGAGUGUGGGAGAAUAACAUCACAGGACAGGGUGUUGUAGUAUCUGUUAUUGAUGAUGGAGUGGAGUGGACAAAUCCUGAUAUCUUGGAUAACUAUUCAGCUGAGGGAAGCUGGGACAUCAAUUCAAAUGAUCCAGACCCAAUGCCGAGAGCAGAUGAUGCUGGUUUGAAUCAUCAUGGAACAAGGUGUGCAGGGGAAAUUGCUGCUGUUCCUAAUACCUACUGUGCUGURGGWGUUGCAUAUGGAGCAAAAGUGUCAGGUGUACGUAUUCUUGAUGGUCCCAUGACAGACAGUCUUGAGGCUAUGGCCUUCAACACUAAGCUAAAUAUUAAUGAUAUUUACAGUUGCAGUUGGGGUCCAGAUGACAAUGGCAAGACUGUUGAUGGCCCACAUCAGCUAGCUCAGGCUGCUCUUGCUCAUGGAGUAUUGGCUGGUCGUCAUGGAUAUGGCAGCAUUUUUGUAGUUGCAUCUGGGAAUGGCGGGCAUUUUAAAGAUAACUGUAACUUUGAUGGCUAUGCUAAUUCAAUCUACACUGUUACAAUAGGAGCAAUAGAUGAAGUUGGUAAUAUGCCGUACUAUGCCGAACACUGUGCAGCRAUGCUUGCUGUUACCUAUAGCAGUGGUCAAGGAAUGCAAAGGAAUAUUGUUACCACUGAUUGGCGGUUAGGGACUGGUACAGGCUGUACUGAUAAACACACAGGAACUUCAGCGGCRGCUCCUCUUGCUGCYGGGAUGAUUGCCCUUAUGAUGCAAGCAAGGCCUUGUUUGACAUGGAGAGAUGUACAACAUGUCAUAGCCAUAUCAUCAUUCAAGCAUACAGUGGAGGACGACGACUAUUACACCAACAAUGCUGGAUAUCAUCACAGUCAUAAGUAUGGGUUUGGUGUACUUGACUCAUGGCGAUUGGCUACUACUGCACAUAUGUGGAAGGCAGUUCCCUGGAUGACGUCAUGGUCAUCUCCUACAAUCAAUGUCAAUAGAGCAAUACCUAUGUCUAACAAGAUGGUGGAGAGUUUCUAUGUAACGAGAGAUGACGUAGCAGAGGUCGUCACGCUAGAACAUGUUACUGUCACGGUAAAUAUCCGUCAUCGUUACCGUGGCAACUUAAUUGUUCAACUGACGUCACCCCAUGGGACUCCAUCCAUGCUUGCUACUGCAAGAAAACACGACAGGUCACCCGAAGGUUUUGUAGAUUGGACGUUUUCUACCGUGAGAUGCUGGGGAGAGACGCCAGAAGGAAUCUGGAAACUAGUAGUUAUUGAUAAUGGUAAUGAUCUUGCACGUGGGUAUGUUCAGAAUUGGAAAYUAACGCUUUACGGAUCUUCGAUGACAUCUGAAGACAUCAAACAGAGACGGGCUGUAAUGGAUGAAGGAAUCAGCGGUAAAUUCCUCCAUAGUAACAAAACCCCUCCUUGUCCACCUCCCCCCUCGUCAGUACGAAAUGAAGAAGUGCUAUCGGAACGAACGUUGAAGGUGUUGUUACUGUUUAGUGGGUUCUGUUUUCUGAUUGCUCUAUACUACGUUCUGGAUGUUGUGUUUGAUAACGAGGGUCUUGAACCACAACCUCCCCCACAGCCACCACCACCAGCUAAAGAAAACGUAGAACAUGCACAGCCUUCUCCUUUAGUCCCGGCCAAGCUAGACGAGCAAGACUGGAAACGACUCAGCCAAAUCCUGGAAACUGGUAAACAAAGGACCCCAACACAGACGUCACAGCGCAAAGGMUUUCCUUCUAGUCCAAGCGGAAGUGGUAACAUUAGCCAAUCAGAGCCCACCACGCCCGUUGAGUUACCRAGUGAAAGUAGCAAUACAUCUAGCAGUACAUAUUUUGGUAAAAGACGCAACCUUUCUCCUGCAGAUGAACAAAAACGGGUUAAGGAUUUCGAGAAGAGAUUACGAUAUGCCAUGGAACAGAGUCUGCGACUACAGAGCGAUCAACUUAGAGGAAUCAGCGAGUUUGAAAACGAACUAGAAAGAGCAAAAGAAAAGAGUUUAUUGUCGCAUUCUAUCGAAAGAAGUCGUAUUUAUAGUAGUAUUAAUAGCRGUAGACCUAUCACAGGUCAAAAAUCUCUAACUAAACCUAUUAAGGGCAUUUUGAAGAAAGGGAAAUCGUAUCUUAGGAGAUGAUACAAAGAGGAAUUGAUAUUGAUAAAGGACUGUUACUAAGUGAAAUAGUUGUUGCAYUACUUUCCUAAAUUACUGAAAAAUGAAAAAGAAAAAUUAAAAUGGAAAAUGAAAGAGAGAUUAAUUUUAAAUUAAAAUGGAUGAAAUAGAAAACGCAUUACAAGGUAUAGGUAUAUUUUCAAUAUACUAAAAAGUGUUCAUUAGAACAAGGACAUUAAACUACUAGCUACAAAGGUGUGUUGAUCUAGUAAAAUUGACGGUUUGAAUGCUCUUACUCGACUGCAAGCUUUUGUGAUGUAGUAUAUAUAUUAUGACUCUAUUUUUAGGUAGUUGAAUUUUUAACUAUUAGAAUAAGACUGUAUUUACAGUAGCAUGUCCUCAGUAUAUUCAUACGUUUUUACAGUAUUUUGAUAUKCAAAUAACAGUACAUGUAGCAGACAAACCUAUUUUAAGGAUAGUUARCAGUCGUGAAUGGAAAAGAUAAAUGUAGAUAUGAAUGGGUGGGAGUGAUAGUGGGUUAAAUUAUUGGUAAAGAAAGACCCUCGGCAAUUCAUUUCCAUUGUCGUAGGUGUGGUAGCUUUUCAAAAAAAAAACGUUAUUUGUCUAUUUUUAUUAGCUUAAAUUUUGUCAAAAGUAAAAUAUUUGCGAAUAAAAGAAUUGUUUAACAAAGAA